GUGAAGAAAUUACAAACAGAAGGACCUUUCAGUUAAGGUUGGUUGGAAUUUCAACCUGGCCCCAGUUGCACUUAGAAUUUGUCUUUGAUGGUUUAAAGACUUUUAACUCCAAUGGAUUUCAAGCUCUCACUGGCUUUCAAAUGUUUUCACAAAUCAGGCCAACAGCAAAACCAAGACGAACUCAACCUAGUAAUCACUUGGGUCUGUUGGGCCGACUUUGGGUUGAGACCAAACUAGAUGGGACUGGUUAUAGGAUGUAGAGUUUGAAAUUUGUUCCUUCUUUCCCUCAGGCUCUAGGGUUGCCAAGAUCUAGCCCAAGCCAGCCUGAGCUGCACCCAUGACCAAGAAGAAGGCAUCUCAGAAAUCUGCCUAUUUGUGUCGGAUUUCCAGGGUUCAGGUCAAAACCCAAUGCCGAUCCAAUUUACUUGAACCUUGAUUGCAGACAUUGCCGGGGAGUAGAGGUUUCCUUUCAGAAAAAUAAGAAUUAAAUCGAAGAAGGUGAUUCCCAUACUGUCUUUCGGGGACUUUAGGCGAGGAGUGGACCUCUUCCAUAAUUUUUUAAAAUGAAAACCUUCUCCCCAAAAAGAAAAAAAAGAUUAGACGCAGAGGUGAAUGGAUAGGCACUGGAACUCAUCCUUGUGAGCUCGACAAAGAACUCGACUGACUAUACCCACGUUGCUAGCGGUGAAGACCCACUUCGUCGCGGCAGCAAGGUUCAACUAUAGAGUUAAAGAAGGCAUUCGGAUAAUCGAAAGCUUCCUAAUGCUCUUCGUACCCAUAGGAAGAUACCUGCUCCAUACUCAUAGACUUUCGGUGAAGAAUUCUGGAUAAGUUUUCCCCAUUUCCUCCGAUGGGCUGCCAAUCCGUCAGUGCUUUCUCGCUUUGCUCUCAAACACCGACCCUCAAACUCAGAAUCUCAAAACAUGGGUCUUCCAAUAGACCUAAAAUAACUCUUUCGAGUUCAGCAAUUCCGACCCAGCUGCAGAAAUCGCUGUCCUUUCAUUCCCAACUCCGAGCCAUAAAUCCACAACUGGGUAUGAUUUCUUCUUUCCCCUGCUCCCCUUCUCUACUGCUUCCUCAAGUGCCCUGUUUAAAUCGUUCCAGGAUAUUCUCUUUACUCACUCCUCAAGACAGUACUUUCAAAUUCUGUGCGAAUAAAAUAGCCGUUUGGAUUGUUGGGUCUCUCUUCUUCUUGGGGAGUCUCAACGUUAGACCGGUUCUAGCACUGCCCCCAACCCAGAAAAGCACUUCUUCUGCACCUAUGGGGGAAAGAAGAAAGACUCAGAAUGACAAAAACGAUAAUGAGGAUAUGUAUUUGAAAUUACUGGAGAAGAACCCAAGGGAUGUUGAAGCUUUGAAAGCGGUUUUGUAUGCAAAGAUGAGGAAAGGGAAGACCAACGAGGCUGUGGAGUACGUAGAGAAGUUGAUUGAGGUCGAACCGAAUGAAAUAGAAUGGAGGCUUCUUCAAGCUCUUACCCAUGAGAUGAUGGGCAACCUCAACAGGGCCAAGAAGAUGUUCAAGCAAAUCCUCAAGGAGAGGCCUCUUUUACUUAGAGCUUUGCAUGGUUUGGCAAUGGUGAUGCACAAGAACCAUGAAGGCCCAGCUGUCUUUGAGAUGUUGGACAAGGCUUUGAAACUUGCUCAACAAGAGAAAAGAGUCACUGAGGAGCGGAAUAUAAGAAUUUUGAUUGCACAGAUGCAUGUUGUAAAGGGUAACUUGGAGGAAGGCAUGAAAAGAUUCCAAGAUCUGGUUAAUGAGAAUGCUAGGGAUUUUCGGCCUUAUCUUUGCCAGGGGAUAAUCUACAGCUUGCAGGGUAAAAAGGAGGAAGCACAGGAGCAGUUUGAGACAUAUCGAAGUCUUGUACCUGAAGAGUUUCCCCAGAGAGGAUUCCUUGAUGAUGUGGUACUGGCAGCCAAAACAGAAUCUCAAGAGCAGCUGGAGAAGGAUUUUGAUGCUGAAUUCUCCUAUAGGAAGUGAAAAUCAGUCAUCAAUAGGCAGAGAGAUACUAUUGAGUGGGUGGCAUCAAGGUCAUGCAUCUUUGUCAGUGCCUGCAAAAAGGAAAUAGAGCAUAAGAAGUAUCAAUUGGGGGGCUGCAAUAAGUUCCAGUUGUUCAAGGAGCAGGGACUUCGAGGCACUUUUAGCAGCUAUAAGUUUUGUAGGAAAUUAUUUCUUCAGAUUUGCAUUUCCAAGCUACAUGUAAGAGAUUUUUGCAUUACAAUCACUUAAAGGAGAUUGCAGCACUAGUUCUGGUUGGAGGAACUACUAUAUUUCCAGCAGUGUCAUGAACAAUAAUAGUGGAGAAGUCUGGGAUACUUUUCACUAAUUGAGUAUAUUGGGAUGGACUUCUGUCGAUUUUGAUAUGGUUAUAUUGAUAGAUAGGCUGAUUGGCACCCUCUGAUGUUGGUGUUAUUGGAUACUGUAACUCAAAUCUCAUUGGAUUGAUUGUUCCUUCCUUUCGUUCAGUGUAGAUUAAGGCAUUGGUAAAAUUAGAAUGUGAUUUGAUACUUUUGGUUUAA